AGAUUACAUUAGUAAGAAGGAAAUGAAGGUGUUUAUAACACUGCUGUCAACAUGUAUCAUUUUAGACCUGUCCUGUAAAUACUGUGGAGCGGUUCAAACGUCACUUAUUCACGGAAAACAUGUGCACGGCGCUCCUCUCAUAAAUAGAUCUGUUUUCAGCAUUGUACGAUUCCUAAACAUACCAUGCUCUUCGCCAAAUGGGCAGAUGUCAGGAAUAUGUUUCUCAUUAAAUGAUUGCAUACGAUUGCAUGGAACGCAAAUUGGAACUUGUGCUUCAGGAUUUGGAGUAUGCUGCAUUUUUCAAAGAACAUGUGGAACAGCAACUAAUCAAAAUUUUACUCACUUCACUAAUCCUGGAUUCCCCCAUGAGAUAACAGAAUCAGCCGAAACCUCCUGCACCUUAACACUUCUUCGCCCACACAAAGCUCCAUUAUGCCAGAUAAGGUUGGAUUUCAUGGAUUUCGAGUUGGCUAAACCAACAGAUGGAGAUUGCCUGGAUGACAAAUUUAGCGUCUUUGGAAAUAACAUCAAUGCUCCAAUACCGAAAAUAUGUGGUCGCAAUACAGGACAGCACAUGUAUAUAGACGUUGACAACACUAUCGGACCAAUAUAUUUGACCGUCUCUACGAAAGGCAUAGGAAAAAGGAAAUGGAAUAUUAAAGUUCUAUUCAUUGAAUGUAAUAAUCCUUCAAAAGCUCCACAAAACUGCCUCCAAUAUUUCACUGGAGUUACAGGGAAGUUCUCUAGUUUCAAUUACGUCGCAGAUCAAUCUUCAAUCGAAAAUGGCGGGUACUUGAAUAAUCUCAAUUAUGCUAUAUGUUUCCGAAAAGAAGUUGGACGUUGCUCUCAAACCUAUAUUGCUGAAGAUAUCAGAAGUUUUAUUCUUUUGAAUCUUAAUCCGAAUAACUCUCCAACUGUUGGAGCUGGGGAAGCUGGUAUAGGCAUUAUUGAAUGCCCGACGGAUUACCUAAGACUUGGAGGGGACAGAUAUUGUGGUGCUAGACUUAAUCCAUUAGUAGGUGGACCUAAUCCGACUACUAACGCCCCUGUUACAGAUAAUAAUACUGGCCCUUUCAUUGCCCUGUUUAACACUAAUGCCGAAAAUAACGCUGUUGGCUUCAAUCUAAAUUAUCAACAGAACCCUUGCAGCACUAAUUGAGGGUUAUAUGUUGAACCAGAUCAUCUGACCAAGUCUGCGAGUAACUACAAAAAACAGAGUUCUGCUAUUAACAGCCUGUGUCAAAAUAUGUUUGUUGUACAUCGUUCGCUGUCAAAACAUGUUCGUUGUUGUGCUUAUUGCAACCAUAAAAACAUCUUCUGAUACUUGAUUAAAUAUUUAAAAUUUAAAUUCUUAGAGAUAUAUUGUUUGUUCUAAUGUUUUGUGCGUGAAAAUUGACUAGAUGAGAAUAAAUUUUCUCGUAUGAUGAGAGAAGAAUCGUCAAAAAUAGGUUAAUUAAAAGUCGUUAUUAUUAUUUUUAUUUCUAUCUGUCGUUUUUUAAAAAGGGUAAUACUUUGAAAAGCAUAUAAUCAGAAUUAAUUUCUGUAUUUAUGCUUAUAUUUCUAACAACAAUAUAAAAAUGCAGUGCAAAUGUCUGUGUGAUUUCGAAGUAGCGGCGAAUAAGUGAAUUAAAAAUGCAAUAGACCUUUACUAAAGAAAUGUAAUUA